ACGAGUGAUAAUGUUUUUUUAAAACGUGUUUGAGCAGUCACAGCAGCAAGUUUAGUUAUUUGUCGUCGUCGUCGCGUCAUUAUUGUGCCAAAAUUGUUUACUUUUUUAAUCGAAUAAUCGAAUAUUUUAUAAGAAAAAUACCAAAGACCAUGGAUUACAGUGUGCUCCAACAUGUAAAUGUGACGCGGAGACUUACGCGCAUCAAUUUUUUGCCAUAUUUUAUGAGUUUAAUUCUUGUUGUUGCCACUUUUUAUGCAGGACGUUACUCAAAAAGUGAUAGUUGUGUGAGAUAUUACGACGAAAGUUCUUUUAAUCGACAUUUUUUGCAAGAAAAUGCAACGACAACAGAAGAAGUUGCCACAAAUUCUUCGGAAAUUGCACCGUCGGACGAUAUCACGGCACUUAGACAAAAACUCAAUUGUUACGACAAAGAUAACGUUUAUCAAAUAGAGAGACGAGGACCAUAUUGGGCACUAAAGAACUACAUUCCAUCGAGACUGAAAGCGAAAUGUCACGAAUCGAUCACUUACACGACGCAUGGGGACUUUUCCUUUCUCGACAACAUCAUUCCGCUCCUAAAAAGAUGGAAGGCUCCGAUCAGCAUUUCGAUAUAUUGUCCCGGCGACGAUUACGAAAUUGCCCUUCGUUCGGCGAUUUAUUUGCGAAAAUGCUCCACGGAACGUGACUUGGUCAAGGAUUUCGUGACUUUUCACAUGUUUUUUGAACGAGCCCAUACGCCAAAAGAAGUCGUUCAAGAUGUUGCCGCCUUCGAGAGCAAGUACGAAUGCGGAGUUAUGGCGCCUUUCAUGGAUAUCCCGCCUGAGAGCAAGUACAAAAGCAAGCAAAAUCUCACAUAUCCCAUAAAUGUUGGACGAAACAUUGCACGGGAAGCAGCUUUGACUCAUUUUGUGUUGGCGAGCGAUAUUGAAUUGUAUCCGAAUCCCGGUGUAGUCACGGAAUUUCUGAGAAUGUAUGCCAAGUUUGAGUCACGGACGCAUUUGAAAGAAGUCUUCGUUUUGCCAAUUUUUGAGGUUAAAGCAACAGCCAAUCCGCCUGAAGAUAAGGCUUCGUUGAAGGAAAUGCUGAAAAAUAAAACUGCGAUACCUUUUCACGCGAAUAUCUGUGCUUCGUGUCACUCAGUGCCUCGACAAAAGGAAUGGAUUGCCGCAGAUCCAAAGCCAAAUGAAAUGAAAAUUCAUGCAACAGCGAAGCGAAGAGACUCAUUCGGGCAUUGGGAACCGAUUUAUAUUGGAACGCACAGUGAACCGUUGUACGAAGAAAUGCUUUCGUGGGAAGGAAAAAGUGACAAAAUGACACAAGGGUACACUCUGUGUAUCUUGGAUUACAAUUUUCAUGUCUUAAGUGAAGGAUUUUUGGUGCAUCGACCUGGCAUCAAGACUAUGGCUGAAGCACGACGACCAGCGCAAGAGAAUAUCAACAAUCAUUUGCUCAGAAGCCAGAUUGUGCCACAAAUUGAACGUCUUUUUGGCACACGAAAAGGCUGUACCGCCUAA